AUGUCAAUUUCACCAAAAGAUGUCUUUCGUCUGGAUCCUCCUCAGAGGUUCGCCUAUACAGACUUCGUUAUCUGGGCACCACUUCCUCGACUCCCCCAGGGCAUGCCCGCAGAAACCGCAAUGCGAAAAUACCCACGCACGCGCUUGAACAGGCUGAUCAGGGCAGUGGAAGCUCGCCUCGGAAGACGUCGUUGCUUUUUCAGCGAGGGCCAGCCGAGAGACCAAAAGAAGGAAUCACAAUUUGGAGUUAGUAGGCUCUACGCCAUCUAUGAGGUCGAACAUUGGCCCGGCGCGUUUGCGCAGUUUGACUGGACACAAUUUGUCAUGGCGAAUAUUGAACGCGACGCACUACGCAAUGAGUAUGGACGCAGUAUGAAACCGGCAUUGCCCACACUUCCAGCGUCCGCUGUGCCGAUCUAUCAGGAAAUGCUGCGACAGGAAAGUAGCGGCUCGGCGAGGAUAGAGGUCAACUCGGGCCAGAUCGCCGGCGUGAUAUUCAAGGGUCAGAUACGCACCUUUCCAGAGGAAGACAUUCCAACACAAGCACGACGAGAUGAUCCAGACCAACAGCACGAAUUGGUGCGGGCCUCUUUCAUGCCGCAGCUCUCGACUUCUCCCAACAUGCGCGACGCGCUCUCCGAGCUCAGCAGCGAGCAGCUUGAGGAAUUAGUCCGCAACGACCAAAUGUUUCGUGACGCCUGUCAAUUCCAUCAAACCGUCGUCCACAAGGAACUGAGACAGAUGAACCGUUUUUACCUGCGUUGCGUCGGUCGGCAGCCCGGCAUGCACCUAUUGACAUGGCAGGAAGUCAUGCACGAGGCACGAGCCAUGAUCAAGCUGACGUUCCUCCAGCAACUGGACAAGUGGAGGCGACAACAGCCCGACGUCCAGUUCGACGUCCAAGACCUGACAGGGACGAUCGUGGACCUCCAGCUGAGAUAUCUCAUAUCACGGGUCCGGCACCACGAUCCGAUUCCUCCACACGCUCCGCCCCGGUCUCAGAGAGAGCUCCACCGCAAGCAUCAGAUCGCCGCUAUGCUGAGGCAGCGACACAUCCUCCGGGAAUGGACGGCGGCUGUCGCGACGCGGUCCACUGUCCGCGACGGGGAGAGAUAUCGGAGGGAGGGAGAACAUAUCAUGGACAUGUGGACCGGCACGGUCGAGGAGGUUGAGGCAUUCGACGAACGAAAUAGGAGGGAGAAUACGGCGCUCACCGCCGACAUGAUACCCAUGGCCACCCCGCUUCGCGUUCACGCUCCGCUGGCUGACGUGCACACUCAGACGGAGGGCCGGGAACAACAACAGCAGCAGCAGCAGCACCCGCCGGUCUCGUCAGAACCACCUCUACAACUGCCCGGAGAAGACCAAGCCCAAAUCCCGAUCCAGGGAAGGGAGCAACAAUCGCAAAUGCAACCGCAAGGACAGGACCAGGCGCAGGAGGGUCCGGGAGUGGAAAAGGCGGAGACAGGAACACAAGAACGCGGAGCAGACAACGCGUCAAGGCAAGAACCGCCGCAGGAAGAUUCUCUGCAGAUGGCCACGCCGGUCUGCGAGCAAUGCCCGGAGCAGAUCCACGCACAGGCACAGGAGCAACCCCUCGCCCCCCGCUAGGGUCGGAGCACGGUCACGCAGGACCACAGACACGGCUUCUCGAGCACAUGGAGGUGGAGGCUCUCGACAU